AUGACGUUAAGAAGUACGGUUAUCCGGUUCUCCCUCCUGUUGUUCCUUAUUAAGUAUACCUUAUGCGAUGAGUAUGUAUCGGAAAUAAGGGAUAAGUGUUUCAAGUCCAAAAUUAUACUCUACUGUGGGCACUUUAGGUUCAUCAAAUACCUAAUGAAAUUUUACAGUGAACCAGAAGAAUUAAAAGAAACAAGCUAUAAUAACAGUGAAACAGUGAAGUUUGUUAAACUAAAUAACGAAACGAUAAACUUUAAAACUUUUCCGAACAUGAGGCAAAUCACGGACGAUUCGGAAGUAACCAAGAUGGUAAAAUUUAUGACCAGGAAAACUUUAAGUUAUUUUAAUACGAAUGGGUUGUUGGUGAAUUUACCAGACGGCAGCCUAGUUGUGGAUUUAAAAAACGAGUCCACUCUCAAUUUGGAUAAUUUUGGACCAGAAGAAAUGGCAAGAGGAAAAAAACACAAAAAGAAAAUGCUUAUUAUUCCAAUAUUCUUACUUUUUAAGCUAUUCAAAGUAAAAGUCAUCGUGUCAAUAAUACUAAGUGGAAUAUUAUUCAUAAAAAAAAUAAUGUUAGUAAUCGCCUUUUUGCUACCAGCAAUGUUUGCUUCCCUCAAGGCUCAUUGCAAACCUGAGCCAACGUUUCUUCAUGCAGAGGAAAGAUACAGUUAUCCCGAGGAUAAUGGAUAUUACAACGGUUGGCCCAAUGAUCCCUAUUAUUAUUAAUUUAAUAUAAUAUAAAGACCCAGUCUUUGUAAGUUUAAAUACCAAAG